GGUGUUGCGCGGAUUUCCGCUUCCGCGUGCUGUAUCGGAGCUACGCUCCCGGGAUUGAGCGGCAUGCUCAACAAUAUCACCGCCGGUGGUUCCGUACACGGUAUCUCCGGAGCGAAGGAUGCACAAGAUCUGAAGCGGUACGAGAAGGAGCACGGCGUGCUGGGUGUGAAUCUGGGCUCCGGUCUGUCAGCGGGUGGUGGCCUCACGCUUCAUCAGGAACUGAUCAUGACUAUGCCCGGCGCAGGUAGCGCGGUGGGAAUCGGGCAAGGCGAUGACAAACCUGCAAAGCAAAAGCGACAUCGGACGCGUUUCACCCCGGCUCAGCUCAACGAGCUCGAAAGGUGUUUCGGCAAAACUCACUACCCGGACAUUUUCUUAAGGGAGGAAAUAGCACUAAGGAUUGGCCUCACGGAAAGUCGCGUUCAGGUAUGGUUUCAAAACCGGAGAGCGAAAUGGAAGAAGCGCAAGAAGACAACCAACGUGUUCCGGUCUUCGGGAUCGCUGCUACCGUCGCACGGCUUGCCUCCCUUCGGACCGAUGACCUCCGACUUGUGCACCGGAAUGUUUCAUACUCCUGCGGACAGAUGGGGAAUGGGGACAGGUCUCGGACAAUUGCAAAGCGGCAUGACGAUGAGUGGCUUUGGGCAACUCGGUCAACAAAGUACGGGAAGUUUAGGUUCCAGCCUUAGUCUCGGCAACUCCGGGCUGCCGAUCAACAGCCCAUCGCAAUCCGUCUACCAUACCAACUACGGACUCAAUUCUAUCAGUGGUGUUCACGUAUCGGCGUCACGAGGUUCGCCACCAGGCGGUUCCUCGGUGAGUGGCGGUCAAGGGAUGGGCUCAGGUUUGAACUGCGGUCAGGGCUCUCCGGGCACGACUUCCGGUACCGGUGGCAGCGGCAGCGGCGGUACCGGAGGUGGCGUUUCCUGCGUGGCCGACGUGAGCACGAACGAAGGAUCGGACUGGAGAGGCGCCCACAGUAUCGCGGCGCUUAGGCGUCGCGCCUCGGACGCCUCGCAACAGUACAGUCCACAGCCGCCGCCGCCAGGACCACCUCAGUAUACCCACGACAUGGAGUACAGUCCUGUUUAUCAAGGUGUCGUCUGAACCAUCUCUUCGACGUUCGGUAUCCACGGAGGAAAAACUGCCGGCCGGUAGAAGCUUACCAUAAUCCAUGGAACGAGUACUCCUCUCUGUUCUGUCGAUCGCAAUCACAAGAUCGACUGCGUUUGAUUCUGCAGAAGAGCAAGAGCGCAGAGUAAGCGCGAUCGAAAAGAUUUAUCUAGUUGGCUAUCGUAAAUUUAACGUUAAGAAAAUGUGGCGAGGUCAAGAUCGACGAUGUUAGAACGAUCUAAAUUCGAUGGAGGUCCAAAAUCAUUCAUCCCUUUGAAUUUAAAGCCAAUAAGGCAUAGCAAAUGAUGACGGAAUUAGAAUGGUUAGAUAAUUUCGGAUAUUUUGACUGAAAUAAAUUUAAAAAACGGAGCAGUAAUGAUUCAGCGAUUACAAAAAUUCAAUGCA